UCUAGUAGCUGGUAGAUUUUCUAGUAAUUUCAACAAAACGUCUGGUAAAAAAUCUAGUAGUUUGCAGUUCCAACGAGUAAAAAUAGAAAUCCUAGUUGAUUAUUUGCAUUGCAUGUUUACAAUUUGCAAACUACAAAGGGAGGCACGUGGCGUGGUCUCUGGUCUCCUCCGAUUUCCGAACGACCGAACACGUGAUAAGCAAGUGCGUCCGUGUCCUUGGAGUGGAAAUCGCUUGCGCAGUUGCGCUUCAUUUACAUUAGUUACGUAAUUACGUUACAUUGCAUCGCAGACCUGCCACCUGCGACGAUAGUGGUUUCCUCGUCGCUUCCGGUCCAGUUCUAAUUUAUGGUACACAAAUAUUGAAUUAAAAAUGCCGAAACCACAAUACGAACAAAAGUUUAGACAUGCUUGGCUCAAGGAUCCCAUUCUAAAAGAUUGGUUAGUGGCAGUUGAGAGUACAGCAGGAACUACAGGAAAAUGCAGAGUUUGCAACAUCGUUGUAACCAGCCGAUAUGCCGAUCUCAAGAAUCAUGGUGCUUCUAUGAGACACAAAAAGAAUGCAAAACUUAUAUUGGGACCACACCCUCAACCUCAAUUGAAGUUUCCAGGGGAAUCGGAAAUGUUUGCAGCAAAACAGGCGGAACUAAAACUAAGCUUGUUUGUAGCUCAGCACACAUCAGUGCGUGUGGUUGAUCAUCUCGUCAACACAUGCAAAAAGACGUUCGAAGGACAAUCUUCCACACAUAUUAAAAUGCAUCGUACCAAGUGCUCAGGUAUUAUACAAAAUAUAAUAGCGCCACAUUUCUUCAAUGAUUUAAAAAAUGAUAUUGGUGAUUCCAAAUUUAGUCUUUUGCUGGACGAAUCCACCGACAUAACGGUGAGGAAAUAUUUAGGAAUGAUAAUACUUUACUUUAGUGAGCGAGAAAAUAAGCUUGUAACGACUUAUCUUGAUCUUGCCGUUCUCGAUAACUGUGAUGCUGAUGGCCUUUUACACACCAUCAAAACAACAUUAAAUAAAUAUUCCCUCAACCUGCAGAACUUAAUUGGCAUUGGUACAGAUAAUACGAGUGUUAUGACAGGUGCCAACAACGGUUUGUAUGUGAAGUUAAAAGAAGAGGUGCCUGAAUUACUUCUAAUUCGAUGUGUAUGUCACUCGUUGCAAUUAGCAGUAACGCAUGCCUCAAAGGAAACGUUGCCAAGAAACAUUGAAUUUAUCAUUCAGGAAACUUAUAAGUGGUUUUCAAAAUCGUCCUCCAGGCAAUGCGCCUAUAAUGACAUAUACAGCACUAUGAAUGAAGGGCAUAAUCCUUUGAAAAUAGUGCGAGCUUGUCAAACACGAUGGUUAUCCAUUGAAUCGGCUGUAUCUCGAAUUAUAAACCAGUGGGAUGCAUUAAAACUACAUUUUCAGCUGUCUAGAGUGAAAGACAAUUCUUAUACUGCUGAACUUUUGUACCAAAUGUACAAUGACAACAAGAAUUUCGCGUACAUUGCUUUUCUCAGUUCGGUGCUAGGUGAUGUGCAACGUGUAAAUAAAUUGUUUGAAGGGAAUCAAGUAGAUCCUACUAAAUUAUUAAAAGACAUUCUACUUCUACUAGAAAGCCUUAUUAAAAGAGUUACUGCACCAAGACAUCAACUGGAUUUACUCACUGUGGACAUAAACAACUUUGUUGAUAAGCAUUGUUACCUUGGAUAUUUAUUCGAGAAAACAGUGAGAGAAAUGAAAGAAAAUGGUACUUUGUCAGCAGAGGAAGAGCGAUGUUUACGCGAUAGGUGUAUUCAUUUUAUUGUCAAUUUGAUACAGGAAAUACAAAUGAGACUACCUACUAAUGUUGAACUGUUGAAGAAAAUUUCUCUCUUGAGUGUUGAAAAUACAUUGAAGUGUGAUAAAGAAAACAUUGCUGAAUUGCUCUGUUUUUUCAAACAACCUGCUCAAUUAAUCCCUAAAAUUGAAUCACAAUAUAUGAAUAUCAACCUUAUUAAGUGGAACAAUAAAUCUAACACAAACGACUUUUGGAGUGAAGUGAAUCUUUACAGGGACAGUGGUAACGAGAAUCCGUUUAAAGAGUUGGCUAAAUUUGCUUUGACAAUAUUAACACUACCUCAUUCGAAUGCUGAAGUCGAGAGACUGUUUAGUGCAAUGAACAUUAUCAAAAGCAAAUUACGCAAUAGAAUGCAACUGCCUAUGCUAAAUGCUCUCUUGUCUGUCAGAGCUGGCUUGAAACGACAUGGAAAAUGCUGUGAUACAUAUGAAAUGCCAAAGGACAUUUGUAAUAUUGAUUAUAUUAUGGCGCGUAAGUGUCGCAAGUGUGCGGAGCCUGUUACGCGUUCCGAAGAUUUUAUACAAUGUCUAGGCAAAUGCUUAAGCUGUUUCCACGCAAAAUGUGUUGGAUUAAGUGAGAGUGAUCUAAAUUUUCUAAAAACCAGUGGCGAAAUCGUGGGAUGGUGUUGUGAUAGUUGCAAGGUUCGGAAUGAACCCCCAUCGGCAUGUGCCUCCACUGAAACGACCGAUCCCGUAAGUAAUGCCACUGGUAUAAACUCUAAUAUUGCUCAUUUAAUACAACUAAGUAUCGAAAAUGCUUUCAACAAAAUUAUUCUAUCCGAAAUUACUGCAUUAAAACAUAACAUGCAGUCCAUUAUCAAUGAAAACACGAACCUUAAACUUGAACUUGCUAAUCUCAAGGCGAAAUUUAAUAAACAAACAUCUACAUCGUAUGCUUCAACGGUAUCUGCUGGAAAUGCCAGCUCUAACAUAAAUAAAGGAGCUAUCCCAAAGAUUAAUACUGCAACCGAGAUGACUACUCAAUUAAUUAGACCUCCAUCCGUGGCCAAAACCUGCAGUGCUGUCCAAGUACCCGCCGCUACUAAAUAUCUGCCUCCAAAUGCUUUAACUCUACCACCGCCACCACAAAAUGCCAAAUCUGUGGUAAAUACUAGAACCAUCGAUGGCGAUGGAGACUUCAUAGAGGUUACCAAACGAAGGAAGCCAAAGAAGCCGCUUAUUGAAGGAUCAGCAGUUGGAAUAAAUUUAAAAGGAGUAAAAUCCUUCUCUCACCUCCAUGUCUACAAUUUAGAUCCUACAGUAACGGUUGAACAAGUUAUUGAACAUUUAAAAAGUCACGAUUUUGAUGAAGUCAAAUGUGUCAAACUUAAUUCGAAGCGGCCAGAUGAGUACAGUUCUUUUCAUGUGUCAGUGCCAAGUGAGUUAUUUGAAACCCUGAAAUCGCCCCACAUAUGGCCUAAAGGUGCACGAAUGAACCAUUUUUUAUUCCGACUAGCCACCAAUCUUCCAAAAACCUAA